GGAAAACAAGGGGAACCUGGAUUAGAUGGUUUUCCUGGCAUUAAGGGAGAUAGGGGUGAUCGUGGAGAGAGAGGAGAGAAGGGAGAUCGCGGUCCUGUUGGAAAGAGAGGGCUCAAGGGAAAGAAAGGCGAACAGGGGCCACCGGGUCUGGACCAGCCCUGUCCCGUGGUGCGUGUAAUAGCUACUUUUCAGAUGUUUAUAUGUGUUGAUGCGUUACAGAUUCAUACAGCUGAAAAUCCG